AGUGCCCCACGCAAGAAAAACAGCGGAACCUGUGUGAGUCACAGGCAUUAAUUGAAGUGAAUUUCAGCUUGUGUCCUUCACCAUGUUUUCCAGCGCACCGAACUACACUAAGCUUAAAACGAAUCUGCGGCUGGCCGUGAAUCGGCUGAAGCUGCUCGAGAAAAAAAAGAGUGAGCUGGCGCAGAAGGCCCGUAAAGAAAUCGCCGAAUACCUAGAGGCUGGCAAGCCUGAGCGGGCCAAGAUUCGCGUGGAGCACAUUAUUCGCGAGGAUUACCUUGUAGAGGCAAUGGAAAUAGUAGAAAUGUACUGCGAUUUGAUACUUGCCCGCUUCGGUAUGGUAACGCAAAUGAAGGAACUGGACGAAGGCAUCGAAGAAGCGGUCAGCAGCAUCAUUUGGGUUGCCCCACGGCUGCAAGCGGAUGUUCAGGAGCUGAAAAUCUGCUCGGAUAUUUUCACCGCCAAGUACGGAAAGCAAUACGCGGAACAGGUGCGGGCGGCCAUACCGCCGCACAAGGUAUCGGACAAGCUGAUGCACAAGUUGGCCAUUAAGGCUCCGGCGCGAUUGCUGGUGGAGAAAUAUUUGAUCGAAAUAGCGAGCAUUUUCGACGUGGAUUACAAUCCGGAUCCUACGGUGAUGAAGGACGACCGAUCGAGUGUGUUGGAUAGCGAUGAACUGAUCGAUCUGGCCGAUACGAACAAUCUAGAUGGCUCCUCAGGAGGGGCAAGUGGUGGCGGGGGCAGCUCCGGCAGCGGAGGAGCAAGCGGCGGUGGUGGUUCGGUGGCGACAAACACAGCAACAGUUCCUCCAUCAAUGGGAUUUGUGGCUUAUCCUCCGGCAAUUCCUCAGCUUCCGACCGCUGCACCCGCCGUUCCAUUCCAGUAUCCGGCCGGUCCGAGCGGAAUGCAAUUUGGAGGAGCAUCUGCGCCACCAUUUAACUACAACAUCCCACCAAAUUCGUCCGAGAAGGAGGAGAUUAAGGAUUUGAACAUCAACUCCAACUUCAUCAAGGAGGAGAAAGGGGCCAGCGACACGGGAGGUCCACCGCCCUGCUAUUCUUCCCUCAGCCCAGAUGACAAUAUGCAGUAUACGAAACCCAAAAGACUCAUGUUCUUUUUCGAGCCUUUCGAUAACUCAACUAAACCAAAACCUCAGCCACGGUCAAAGUUUUCCCCGGAACUCAACUUCCCGCCACUGCCGAACGUGCCACUUGAUCUGCCCGACAUUCCGGACGACAAUGACAACAAAAAUGCCGACGAGGACACCAUCGACUUCGAUGACCUAUCGCGUCGUUUUGAGGAGCUGAAGAAGAAAAAAUAAAUGGUUUCGAUUUUUCUGCGAGGGGUCACAUGAAGCAUGUGCUUGGUGAACCGUUGAUGUUAGAUCUUACCUUUGUUCAUGCGUAUUGUUUUGCCAAUAUGUUUACCAAUAAGUUGAUAAUCGAAUAAAGUAUGUA